UUAUUUCUGAGAAGUACUAAAGUUAUUAAGCGAGUGCAUGAGUACUUAGCUACAGUCGUUUCAUAAAUUGGCAAAAUAUAAAACUAAGUUACAACUCAAUCAAAAAAAAAAUUAGAAAAGUGAAUCAUAUAUUGCCGUAUCUAAUAACUCAGAACAAAAAACUUCUCAGUAAUGCCAAUACUGUACUUAUACAUAAGCUAUUAAUUAAGAUAUACAAAUUGCGCAUCACUUACAGCAACUCGAUGCAAUUAGUGAUUACUAAAGGGCGCCGAUAUAAAAGAGGCUUUCAUCACCGAAAUGAAGGUAGUCUUACUAACCUUUUCAAACGUAAUUUCUAUUUCCUUGUGAACUUAAAGAUGGGCAACAAAAUCUGCCUUAUUUUCCUCAUGAUUUUUACAUACUUUACGGCUAUGGCAUUAGCACGUCCACAGGGUUCGGGUACUUCUUGCGGCCCAAAUGCACAAUUCACCACUUGCGGCACCGCUUGCCCGGCCAAAUGCAGUGAUAAUCCUUUGUUGGGCACAAUUUGCACGGCACAGUGCGUCGUCGGCUGUGAGUGCAAUUUCGGAUAUGUGCUGAACGAUGCGGGCGAAUGUCUGAGGAGAAGUGAAUGUUAAGCGAAACGAAAACACAUGACGCUAUCUUUACAGUUAUGUUUAAAAGGAAGAUAUUACUACUUUGUAACUUUUUCUUAUAGACGAACAACGAAUUAAAUUGUCAACCUCAACUGCAACUUGACAUGGGUAUAAA